UAGACCCUGGCGUCAUGGCGGCGAGCGGCGGCGCCCCCGAGGCCCUCGCCGUCUCCCCCAGCAAGCGGGCCCGGGCCGUGGAGGAGGGCCCGGCGCGCCUCCGCUUUGUCCGGCUCUCCGAACACGCCACCGCCCCCACCAAGGGGUCGGCGCGAGCCGCGGGCUAUGACCUGUAUAGUGCUUAUGAUUAUACAGUACCACCUAUGGAGAAAGCCCUUGUGAAAACUGACAUUCAGAUAGCUCUUCCUUCUGGAUGUUAUGGAAGAGUAGCUCCACGUUCUGGCUUGGCUGCAAAACACUUCAUUGAUGUAGGAGCUGGUGUCAUAGAUGAAGAUUAUAGAGGAAAUGUUGGUGUUGUACUGUUUAAUUUUGGCAAAGAAAAGUUUGAAGUCAAAAAGGGUGAUCGAAUUGCACAGCUCAUUUGUGAAAGAAUUUUUUAUCCAGAAAUAGAAGAAGUUCAAAUUUUGGAGGACACUGAAAGGGGUGCAGGAGGCUUUGGUUCCACUGGAAAGAAUUAAUUUAUGCCAAGAAUAGAAAAUGGCAAAAUUACUUUGUUAAAAAUAAAGUUUUUCUUGAAAGUGUUUUUGGUGUUUUGCUGUUCUGUAAACUCAGUAACUUUAACUUCUAAAAAUACCUGGUUCUCUUGUGAUCAUGGAAAGGGUUCCUCUGUUGGAAUCACACAGAAACUUACUUUCUUGUGUUUUUCUGUAUCUGAUGUAUAAAUUUGUCUUCACCUAAUAAAAAGUUUCUUUUUAAAAUUAAAUGGUUAUUAAUUAUAGAUCCAAAAAAUAUAUUAUUUGACAGUGCUACCCCUCAGCAUUUUGUUUUAAUUACUAUGUUAAACUAUUAGCAAUGCCUUUCAUUCAAUAAACUUGAAUUCUUCCACAGAUAUAAAAUACUGCGUUAAAUGAAUCAAAAG